UCGAAAAAACAAAAGUCUGGUUUAAGCAAAUCCCAGAAAUCAGACAUCUGUCUGAGUUACCAUAUAUAAAUUGCUCGCUCUAUACGGUAGUAUGUGCAUAUGGGCGUGCUUUGAUGCAAGGAAUAAGAAAAGGGUCUACUUGGUCAUCAGACCGAAAGCGUAUGCUGCCAAGUACUAAGAAAAGCUUUCCUGACGCACUUAAUUUGGCAAACAAAAGGCAAAUGGGGGCUAUAAAAGAUGCUGUCAAUCUGAAGUAGCUUUCAGUUCUUUCUUUGGUAUCUAGCGUCCAGACGGUAAUUUACGGACUCAUAAUGGCGGUUCACUUACUGGUUCUAAGAUUCAUCCAGUUCUGCUGUACUUCUUUCGUUCUCUGCAUAAUGUUCGGCCUCUUUAAGACGUUCAAGAUGAUGGAUUUCCGCAUCAUAAAUGUGAUCUUGCUGGAAAAGAUGAAAGCAAUAUCCUUCAUGGAAGUCGAAGAUUUCACAGAUAGCCUCUUUGGGAUGGGGAUGCUGAAAACAUGCCUUAAACAGAUCUGGCUUGAUUAUUUCAAGACGAUGCAAAAAGGAAUACAGGUUGAAAGCAACAGUCUUUUUUUGUGCCCAUUGCCAACUAUCUCUGACGACUGCAACAAAGAAUCUACAAAAGAUUUGACGUAUGAAGAAGAUGGAGAACAAAAAUUUUUCCCUGGAACUGAGAUUUUAGACCUUGCAGAGUUGUCGCAAAAAGAUGUGCCAUUAGUACUCAACUUUGGGAGCUGUUCCUGACCUCCGUUUAUGGCGAAGUUGGCAGACUUUGGCAAACUAGCUAAUAGGUUUGCUAGUCUUGCAGACUUCGCCAUCAUAUAUGUCGAAGAGGCACAUCCAGUGGAUGGGUGGCGAUUCAAGAACGCAGAGUUCUCGAUCUACCAACACACAUCUCUGAGCAAACGAAAAGAAGCAGCUCGCAUUCUUGCAGAAAAAUAUCCUGACAUACCCGUGUUCGUGGAUCUGAUGGACAACGCAGUUAGCAAGGCAUUUGGUGCGAUGCCCGAGCGUCUCUUCAUUUUGAUGAACAACGAAGUUGUUUACCAGGGCGGCAUGGGACCGUUCUUCUACAACCUCGAAGAGGUGAAAAUGUGGCUGGAAGACUACAAUGAUAAUGUCAACAACAACAACGACAACAACAACGACAACAACAACAACGACCCGACUUUUAAAGACCUAAAUGCAUUUUAGGACUUCUUUCUCAUCUUUUUUGCUAUUAGGUGAGACGUUUGCCUUGAAAGUCCAAGGCUGAGUAGUGAUUUUCUCAUACUAUUUUAGCUGCAUCAUAAAAGAAGCUAUAUAUAAGUCUUAGGCCAAUACUUUUAGGUGUAUUUUCAUGUAAAAAUAUCGUAAAUAUAACAUAUUUAUGAGGAUUGGCAUUAUAGCAAGCUUCUGACAACUAUUUUAACUCAUAUAGAAAUGCGACACUCUCAGAAAUAAAAAACGUUGAAAUUUGUAAAGAAUAUUUUUGGGGACCUUCAUUAGAAGAUUUGCUUCAUACCUCAAUAUGCAUUGCAUGAUCAAAAGGCUAUAUCGACGUCACAAUAAUUUACAUAUUGCCCUUUAGUACAUUUUCAUAAUAAACUUGAUUCCAGAAUGAAGUAAUAAGCAAAACUUUUGUUGGGAAAUGUGUCCAAAAUGUUGAUAGCCUCACGCGACAUCAACGCCAACCCCUUACGAAACCACCAGGUGCAAGAUAUCCAUGAUAAAUGAAGUAGCUACUCUCAAACCAUUACAGAAUGACAUUGCAGUAUGAAGGGGUUGCCGUCCUAAGGAA